UCAAAGAUGUCAUCACUUUUAAUUUCUUGUAUUCUAGUAUAUUGGGGUAUGACAGUGGACUCAUUAACAACAACCUCAGAUUCUGGAGUUUGUUUUUAUGGUAAAACUGCUGAACGUGUUCUUGACAUUCUUGCAACUGGAAAAUACAGAGAAAUUUCUCCUUCAGUGCGUAGACCAAAAGACUGCUCUGAUUUAGAACCGAAUAGUGAUACCAGUGGUGUUUAUACGAUAUACCCGACUGGUGGCAGGGGAGUCAAAGUUUAUUGUGAUAUGAAGACUGAUGGUGGACGCUGGACAGUACUUGUUAGACGAAUGGAUGGAUCACAGGAUUUCAAUAAAAAAUGGGUUGAAUAUACAAAUGGUUUUGGAAACCUUUAUAAAGAAUUUUGGUUGGGAAAUAGAUAUUUACAUACAUUAACUUCAAUUGGUAAGACGGAAAUGCGUGUUGACAUGCAAAAUUUCAAAGGGGAAAGAAGGUUUGCUAAAUAUACAACAUUCAAGGUUGGAGAUGCCUUAUCUAAAUACAAAUUGACUAUUGGUGGUUUUACUGGUAACGUUCCUGAUGCAUUUGCAUCGGGAAAUCAUAACGGACAGAAAUUUACAACAUCUGAUAAUGAUAACGACCAGAAAUCUGGAAAUUGUGCAACGGAACAAAAUAGAGGUGGAGGUGGAUGGUGGUUUAGCAGAUGUGAAAUGGUUUACUUUACUUUUCCGUAUGCAAACAAUACGAAAGGGAUCACUGGUAACGGAUUGAUUCAGUGGGAAUAUUGGAAGGGGUCUACUUAUUCAUUGAAAUAUGCGUCGAUGAUGAUACGUAGAGUUUAA